GAGGACAGACAAGGGUCUGCUGACCUUUGUGGACCACCUGCCCGUCACCCAGGUUGUGGUUGGAGACACCAACCGCUCCGGCUCUGAAGCCCAGUUCCUGCUGGGCCCCCUGCGGUGCUACGGAGACCGCAACACCUGGAACACUGUCUCCUUCAACAGGGGCGCAGCCCUGCUCUUCCCCACCUUCCAGGCCAACCACAGCCUCGACAUCUCCUUCUACUUCAAGACCACUGCCACAUCUGGUGUCUUCCUAGAGAACCCUGGCUCCCGAAACUACAUCCGUGUCGAGCUCAACACCACCAGGGAUGUUGUGUUUGCCUAUGACACUGGGAAUGGGGACGAGAACCUGACGGUGCGGUCGGUGGUGCCCUGGAAUGACGAUGAGUGGCACCAGGUGAAGGCUGAGCUCAAUGUCAAGCUGGCGCGGCUGCGGGUGGACAAGCUGCCUUGGGUGGUGCGGCCGGCCCCGCCGCAGAGUUUCGUCCGCCUGGACUUCGACAGGCCCCUCUAUGUCGGUGCAGCAGAGCACAAGAUGCGCCCGUUCCUGGGGUGCCUGCGAGCGCUGCGGAUGAACGGGGUGACGCUCAACCUGGAGGGCAAGGCCAACGAGACGGAGGGUGUGCGGGUCAACUGCACCGGCCACUGCCAGGACCCACCAGUGCCCUGCCAGAACAGUGGGCUCUGUGUUGAGCGCUACAGCCACUACAGCUGCAACUGCAGCAUCUCUGCCUUUGACGGGCCCUUCUGCAACCACGACAUCGGUGGGUACUUUGAGGAGGGCACCUGGGUGCGGUACAACAUCCUGCCGAUGUCGCUGUACGCUGCCCGUGAGUUCGCCAGCAUCGUCAGCAGCCCCUGGCAGCCCCUGCCUGGCUACAACCUCACCAGCGAGGAGGUCAGCUUCAGCUUCAGCACCACCUCGGCACCCGCUGUGCUGCUCUACGUCAGCUCCUUCGUUAAGGACUACAUGGCCGUGCUCAUCAAGGAUGAUGGGAGCCUGCAGCUGCGCUACCAGCUGGGUACCAGCCCCUACGUCUUCGCCCUCACCACCAAGCCGGUGACAGAUGGGAGGCCCCACCGUGUCAACAUCACCCGCAUGCACCGCACGCUGUACACCCAGGUGGACUAUCUCCCUGUCAUGGAGCAGCAGUUCUCCCUGUUUGUGGACAGCAAGCUGGACUCGCCCAAAAACCUGUACCUGGGGCGUGUGAUGGAGACCGGCGUGAUCGACCCCGAGAUCCAGCGCUACAACACGCCCGGCUUCUCAGGCUGCCUCUCGGGGGUAAAGUUUAACAGCGUCGUGCGGCCCUACAGCAUCCGGGGCGAGCUGGUGGAGUCGAGCUGUGCCUCCAUGCUCCCCCUCACCACCAUCCUCAUCCCUCCCGAGAUGGACCCCUGGUACAUGGGCACAGAGUUCCCCCACGUGCACGAUGACGGCUGGAUCGGAAUCAUCAUCGGGU